AUGGAAGGAAAGGUCACUUCAAAUUCAGUUACUGAGUCGGCCGUCAUCAAUGCGCCGCUGUCUUCGAUUUGGCCUCUCCUAAGGCUGACCGAGUUCGAAAAGUUCUACACUGGUAUCUUGAAGACUGAGGUAUUCCCAUCACCAGACGAGGCGGAAAGGAAGACCAUACGGUGGACUUUUGAUGAGGGGUACACCUUGGAUGUGCAGGAGGAGGCAUACUCGGUACGUUUGGCGAUAUCUUCUAAUUGAAGUCUGCAUUUAACAACGAAUAGAAUAUCAAGCAUUCUAUGUCUUUUAACAUCGUCAAAUGCGAUCCUUGGGGCCUUCCAUAUACGAGUGUGUUGAGUGUCAUCCGUCUCUAUCAUAUUAGCAGCGGCUCUCAUCAGGGGAAAACCUUUGUGCAAUGGAGUGGGCAUUACUCAAGUGAUGCAAGUGCAGGUAAGCUGUCAGGUCUGAUUGUGUUUACAUAUGAAAACCGCUCACUCUUUAUUAGAGGUUGUUUUAGAUGGACACGUAAAACGUCGGGAGGCACUUGUAGACCUCGCCAAAGCAGUUGAGAAGUGA